AUGAAGAACUCAAUGAGACUCUCCAGCCUAUUGCUAUUGAUUCUUGCGACCCAAGAACUUGAAGCCUUUCAAAUGACAUCCUCCAAUGGCGAUGUCAACAGUCAGAAUAAGAAAAGUCUAUCCGUUCCCAACCAACGUCGACGACGUGUCUUGCAAGCUGGAGCAGGUGGCAUUUUCAGCGGCCUUCCCUUUUUUGGGAAUGGCGGCGGUGGUGUGGACGCAGCAGUAGCCGCCACAAUCAAGAACAACAAGACCGGUGGUGGAGGUCCCACGAAUGAAGUUGUCAAGGUAGUAAAUGGUAUCAAGCAUCGAAGACUUGGAGGUUCCGACAUUGUGGUCAGUGAAAUCGGAUUGGGUGCCCAGCGAUGGGUGUCUGCUGAUUUCAAUGCUCCAGAUAAGGAUCUGUGUUAUCAAUUCAUGGAUGAAGCUAUUUUGAAGCGAGGAGUCAAUCUCAUUGACACAGCAGAGCAAUAUCCAAUUCCAAGUGAUGGCCGAACUGCCAAUGAAGGAGAUUCGGAAUUGCUGAUUGGCAGUUGGAUGAAGGAUCGCAAGGUCAAGCGAGAAGACGUGGUCAUUGCCACCAAGAUUACCGGCGGAAGGAACAUUACUCCACGCAACAUUGAGGCGGAUCUAGAGGGAAGUCUAAAGCGAUUGGGAACAGAUUACGUUGAUGUUUAUCUCCUUCAUUGGCCCCAACGAUACUCGCCCCAGUCAAAUUGGGGUCAAUCCCUCAAAUAUGAUAUCGCAAAUGAUGCCUCUCCCUACUGGCGUCGCAAUGGAGGGCCUACAUCCUUCGAAGACUUGUGUAUGGCUAUGGAAAAGAUGAUUCAAAAGGGCAAAAUUCGUGGAUGGGGCAUGUGCAAUGACAAUGCCUACGGCUUGACGGCUAGCACUCGGACGGCCAAAAUGUUGGGCACCACACCUCCCGCUUGCUUGCAGGGUGACUUUAGCAUGUUGGAUCGCAAGAGUGAAGAAAAUGGUGUCGCCGAAGCUGCGUCCCCCUUUAACGAAAAUGUUGGAUUCAUGUCGUACAAUGCCUUGGCCGGUGGCAUGUUGACGGGCAAGUACCUGGAUAUCCCAGCUGCCUUUGAUGAUCCCAAGCGAGAACGUGCCAUGGCGUCCCUAGAAAAACCACGGGGUCGUAUGGAUACUCGAGGUUGGGGUGGUACACUUUACCGCUAUCGGACUGAAUCUGCCUAUGAAGCCAUUGCAGACUAUGCCAAGUUGGCCAAGGCCAAUAAAAUGUCCUUGACGGAACUGGCGCUGAGAUGGAACCGUCAGAGGGACAUGUUGACUACUACAUUGUUGGGACACACUUCCAUGGCUCAACUCAAGGAGACUCUAGAUAUUUUCAGCAUCAAGGAGCCCUUGCCAGAUGAUCUGAUGUGGGAAAUUGACCGAAUUCACAUGAGAAACCGAUUGCCCCUCUUCAGCAGCAACAGCGUCGGGAAAGACUGGAACGGAGAGGGCGAAAUCGGGGAACCAAUUCCAUAG